GCAUGGACACAUAGGAUAACACGCCGGGGAUGGACACAUAGGAUAACACGCCGGGGAUGGACACAUAGGAUAACACGCCGGGGAUGGACACAUAGGAUAACACGCCGGGGAUGGACACAUAGGAUAACACGCCGGGGAUGGACACAUAGGAUAACACGCCGGGGAUGGACACAUAGGAUAACACGCCGGGGAUGGACACAUAGGAUAACACGCCGGGGAUGGACACAUAGGAUAACACGCCGGGGAUGGACACAUAGGAUAACACGCCGGGGAUGGACACAUAGGAUAACAUGCCGGGGAUGGACACAUAGGAUAACAUGCCGGGGA